CAGUCGAUGUGAUCUUUGAGACCUCUUCCACUCAAUCACACAAUCCCGCUGAUAUGUCGCAGUCAUAUCAUGAUGGAUCCUGCACGCUGUCUCCCCUCGACCAGCUGAUGCCAAGGAUAUAUACCACCGUCUUUCUUGUCUACGAAACAGACCAAUAUGAAAGCGCAAUCGGAAAGCUGAACGAGGGAUUAGCCAAGACCACGUCGCUCCUUCCAUUCCUCAGGGGCUAUGUUCAUAAGUCGCCGGACGGCUGUGAUCCGCGCAAUCAGCUGUUGCUAUCGUGGUCGUCUCAGGACCCGCCACCAGCUAUGGUCGAGACUCCCGCUCCAGAGUCCCUGCCGAGUUUCGAGACGCUGAAGCUAAGCGAAGUGCCGCUAUCGAUCUUCCAAAAUGGCCUCAGUCCCGUACCAGUGGUCAUCGACUACCAGAUCCCGGGAGCAAGAGCGCCGGCCCUCGUCAUCGGAGCUACACGCCUAGAAGGGGGGUUGAUCCUUUGUCUACAAGCUCACCACGUCGUCAUGGACGGGGCGGGAAUGGGCAUGUUUCUCAAGCUCUGGGGCGACUGCACAAGAGACGAGCCGAACCAUUCCGAUGAUAAGGCGCCGUUCGAUCCUGGGGAAGUCUACGACAGGGUGGCCUGGCUACGGGAUGCUAGCGGUUAUUCCGCCCAGACCAAGCCAAAAGCUACGCUUGACGAGCUCCUCCUUCGUCAUCCGGAAUACAGCCUUCGAUCUCGGAGCUCAGCUCUAUCGUCAUCGUCCGUGUCUGUGCCGACGAAUGUCGCCAGCCACCCAGCCAAGUGCGCCGCGAAUAUCUUUGCCUUCUCAAGUGCCAAGUUACAGGAAGCCAAGCAGGCCAUGAGUAGUUCGGUCCCGGCCAAGUUCCUAACGGUUAACAAUGUCCUGGGCGCUGCCCUGUGGCUCUGUGUCACACGGAUACGGCUCGGACGCGUGCGCCGCGACGGCCUCGCAACUGUGACAGGCUCUACCACGUCGAAGCUUGGAUUUGCUGUUAAUGCGCGCUCGAGGUUAGGACCCGCGGUGUCGAACAGGUCAUACCUGGGCAAUGCGACCAUGCUCAAGGUGGUCGAGUUCCCUGCUACCAAGCUGAAGAGCAUCGCUGGGAAUGCCAUGGCCAGCCCUGCCGCCGUCGCCGACCUAUCGCUCAUGGCACCGGUUAUCAGUGCCAUUGGCGCAGCGACGGCCGCGGUGACAGCCACCCACGUCGGCGAGGUUGUGGCGUUUGCGGAUCACCUCGCUGAUGUCGAGGAUGUCGGGCCCGGAUGGAACUCGUUCCAUGGUCUGGAUCUGACAUAUACAAGCUGGGCAAACUUGGGGAUGUACGAUUGCGAUUUCGGGGCUAGUUUAGGGGGUAAGCCGCGGUUCGUCAGAUGCCCAUAUAUGCCUUACAUUGACGGCAUGGUACUUGCCUUACCGAGACGUGGGCUGGUGGAUACUUUAGAUAGAAAGGCUUUAGAGAGAAUCGAGGUUGCUGUUAUGUUGAACGAGCGAGAUAUGCGGGCGAUGGAGGAGGACGAGAUGUUACGAAGCUGGAGUGCUUGA